AUGAUCCUUGCAAGAGGGAAGGUUGCUGGUCUCCGUCGCGUAUUCCACCAUGGAGGUGCUUUUCUUGCAUCGUCACAAGCAUUCAAAAUGUCAACAUUGAACACCGAUCUGUCCUCUGAAACAACUGUUCAGUAUGAGAAAGCGUACUCGGCCCACAACUACCACCCCCUUCCUGUUGUUUUCCAGAAAGCAAAGGGAGCAAAGGUUUGGGACCCGGAAGGAAAGCAAUACCUCGACUUUUUGUCUGCCUACUCAGCAGUUAACCAAGGGCACUGCCACCCGGAUAUAAUUGCCGCACUAGUUGACCAAGCGUCCAAGCUCACCUUAUCAUCUCGUGCCUUUUCUAAUAAUGUUUUCUCUGCAUUCGCGAAGUUCAUUACGGAAUAUUUCCGCUACGAAUCAGUGCUUCCAAUGAACACCGGUGCCGAGGCCGUCGAAACUGGGCUAAAGCUUGCCAGAAGAUGGGGUUAUAUGAAAAAAGGAAUUCCUGAAAAUGAAGCUAUUAUUCUUGGUGCCAAGGACAAUUUUCAUGGCCGUACCCUCGGUGCUCUUUCGCUGUCGACAGAUGAGGAAGCCCGUAAGUUCUUUGGACCUUUCCUGGAAAGUAUAACGGCCAAGAUUCCUGGAACUGAUGGUCAAUAUCUGCGCUACGGUAACAUAGAGGAUGUCGAACUGGCCUUCAAGAAUGCAGGGGACCGUAUUGCUGCCAUUCUUCUUGAGCCUAUUCAAGGCGAAGCCGGUAUUGUUGUUCCUCCUGUUGAAUAUUUGCAAAAGGUUCAGGAACUCUGCCGGAAAUAUAAUGUGUUGCUGAUUUGUGACGAAAUACAAACCGGCAUCGCCAGAACUGGUAAGAUGUUGUGCUACGAACACUCUCCUAACGUCAAGCCAGACGUUAUUCUAUUAGGAAAGGCCAUUUCAGGGGGUAUUUUGCCCGUUUCAUGCGUUCUUUCAUCUAAAGAAAUAAUGGGCUGUUUCGAACCAGGUUCACAUGGCUCUACUUACGGUGGUAACCCGCUCUCUUCUCGAGUUGCAAUUGCUGCUUUGGAAGUUGUAAAAAAGGAGAACCUUGUCGAGAGAGCUAAAACUCUUGGUGAAUUCUUCCAAUCUGAAUUGAAAAAACUUCAACAAGAAGCUGGCGGAAUUAUUUCCGACGUUAGAGGUAGAGGCUUGCUCACUGCGAUAGUCAUUGACCCAUCCAAAUCUAAUGGAAGAACUGCUUGGGACCUAUGUCUGUUGAUGAAAGACCAAGGUGUUCUCGCGAAACCUACCCACGAUCACAUAAUUCGGUUAGCACCACCUUUGGUCAUAUCCAAAGAAGAUUUAAUGAAAGGAGUUGAAGCCAUCAGAGCCUCAUUGAAACUGCUUCCAAAUGCAGCAAAGUCUAACCAUUAA